GCAUUCUGAGUAGGAGUCCCGACAGAGAGACUUAAAAGAGAGAGUAGCAGAGACGCCUGGGACCAGAGAGGGUUUGGGGAAGGGUUUGGACAUUGGGAGUGGAGGAGGAGAUGGAGAAGGAGAGGGAAAGAUAUGUUUACUUGGCGAGGCUUGCAGAGCAAGCGGAGAGAUAUGACGAGAUGGUUGAGUCAAUGAAGAAGGUUGCUAGAUUAGAUGUGGAACUGACAGUGGAGGAGAGGAAUCUGGUGUCUGUUGGGUAUAAGAAUGUGAUUGGGGCGAGAAGGGCUUCAUGGAGGAUAUUAUCUUCCAUUGAGCAAAAGGAGGAGACGAAAGGAAAUGAGAUAAAUGUUAAAAGGAUAAAGAAUUACAGGCAGAGGGUUGAGGAUGAGCUUUCAAAGAUUUGCAAUGACAUCUUGUCUGUCAUUGAUGAACACCUCCUCCAGUCCUCGUCAACUGGAGAAUCAACGGUUUUCUACUACAAGAUGAAGGGAGACUACUAUCGAUAUUUGGCUGAAUUUAAAUCAGGGAGUGGUCGUAAAGAGGCUGCUGAUCAGUCGCUCAAGUCCUAUCAGGCUGCUACUAAUACUGCUACGACGGAUCUGCCACCAACUCAUCCUAUCAGACUUGGCCUGGCUCUCAACUUCUCAGUAUUUUAUUAUGAGAUAUUAAACUCUCCUGAAAGGGCAUGCCAUCUGGCUAAACAAGCAUUUGACGAAGCAAUUGCAGAACUUGAUACCCUUAACGAAGAAUCCUACAAGGACAGCACUCUUAUAAUGCAGCUUCUUAGGGAUAAUCUCACGUUGUGGACCUCAGAUUUGCCAGAUGAGGGUGGUGACCAAUCCAAGGGUGAUGAUCCUGAGGAAGAGAAAUAGUUGGGCCCGAAGGGUGAGUGAUUGACCUGGGACUGUGUCAGGGUGGAUAAUGAGGCUAAAUGCAUAGAGAGCCAGUAAUUAAUUCCAGCACCAUCUGGUGACUCCUUGUAUUAUGUGUAACAGUGUGCUUUAAGAUUAUUGUGUCUUUGUUUUUUUAUUUAGACACAUCAGGUGAUUUUAUGUUGUCACAGUGAAGUGGUUUUUUGUUGGAUCAGCCAUAUUUAAUUUUAUUUUUUUCUGGAUGAUGGUGUGAUUCUAUCAAUGGAGAAACUGGAACCUUCGCAUA